GGUGUCACCUCCAGUCACACGCAGUCACACACUACAACUGUCCUCGGGGAGCAGAGCUGAAGCUACACAAGUCUUUCUGGAGAUAUACUGUACAGACAAAAGAACACAAUAUGAGAGUCAGCCUGCAAACUCUGAUAGCAUGUCUACUGUUGUGCAGUGCAGUAACAGUACAGGCCGACGCAGAAGCAUCGAGCAACGCAAACCUCAAGUCCAUAACGUCCAUCGACCAAACCAGGUCCACUAUCCCUUCAACUCUCAAAGAAUUUAAAGCCAGCACUGAGGAAAAAAGCACCAGCAGAACCGCUAUCAUCAGCCCAAACACCACCCCCAGCACUUCAAAGACCACUGGCACCACCACCGCCAACCCAACCACUACCAACAGCACCACCCAAACCCACACCACCAUCCCAACUACUACCAACAGCCCCACCCCAAGCCAGACCACCAUCCCAACCACUACCAACAGCCCCACCCCAAGCCAGACCACCAUCACAACCACUACCAUCAGCACCACCCAAACCCACACCACCAUCCCAACCACUACCAACAGCACCACCCCAACCCAGACCACCAUCCCAACCACUACCAACAGCCCCACCCCAAGCCAGACCACCAUCCCAACCACUACCAACAGCACCACCCCAACCCAGACAACCAACACAACCACUACCAACAGCACCACCCCAACCCAGACCACCAACACAACCACUACCAACAGCCCCACCCCAACCCAGACCACCAACACAACCACUACCAACAGCUCCACCCCAACCCAGACCAUAAGCACAACCAGUACCCAUACCACCAGCUCUCCCGCUGCCACCCAGACCACCAUCACCAGAGUCACACCACCCGUCACACAGGGAGGGGAAGAAAACAAGUCCAAUGCUCUAAGCUCAGGAAGUAUUGCAGUCAUUAUUUGUUUGUUCCUCAUAACCGUCAUCAUUGUGUUUGUUGGUCUGUACUUCUACAGGAUCCGACGAAACUCCUAUGACCAUCUCUUGGAAAGCAACGAACACGGCAUUUUGGCAAACUUCAGCAACCCCAUGUAUGACCCUUAAAUCUGAACCUUUGACCUCCGAAGAGACCCAAUAAACCCCAAGUUUGCAGUCUGCAGAAGGAAACGUUCUGAUCUCAGUGUGUUUAAAGUAUGUGGCUGAUGAGUUCAGGACGGUCACUUUAUAAAACGCUCCCCGGCCAGCGAAGAGAUAUAAUCCCUCCACCUGGUCCUAGUCCGAACCACUCAACUGGCUCCUUUCAACGCGAAGGAGCAGCGGUUCUACUCCGAGUCCCUCCCGGAUGACUGAACUUCUCACCUUUAUCCCUAAGGGAGAUGCCAGCCACCCUGCGGAGAAAUCCCAUUUCAGCCGCUUGUAUCCGCGAUCUCGUUCUUUCGGUCAUGACCCAUCCUUCAUGACCAUAGGUGAGGGUAGGAACGAAGAUGGCCCGGUAGACAGAGAGCUUUGCCUUCUGGCUCAGCUCUCUUUUCGUCACAACGGUGCGAUAAAGAGACUGCAGUACCGCUCCCACUGCUCCGAUUCUCUGGCCCAUCUCACGCUCCAUUGUUCCCUCACUUGAGAACAAGACCCCGAGAUACUUAAACUCCUUCACCUGGGGUAAGGUCUCAUUCCCUACCUGGAGUGGACAGUCCAUUGGUUUCCAGCUGACAACCAUGGCCUCAGAUUUAGAGGUGCUUAUCCUCAUCCCAGCCGCUUCACGCUCGACCGCAGACCGAUCCAGUGAGUGCUGAAGGUCACGGACCGAUGAAGCCAUUAGGACCACAUCAUCUGCAAAAAGCAGUGGUGCAAUCCUUAGCCCACCAAACUGCAGACCCCCUCCCCCACGACUACGCCUCAAAAUCCUUUCCAUUAAUAUCACAAACAGGAUUGGUGACAAAGCGUACUACACGUUUGGGCUUACCAGGUCUGUCCAGAGACUUCCCCCGCCACUCGACCCAACUCACCACCAGAUGGUGAUCAGUUGACAACUCCACCCCUCUCUUCACCCGAGUGUGUCCAAAACAUGCGGCCUCAGGUCCGAUUAUACAAUAACAAAAUCGAUCAUGGACCUUCUGCCUAGGGUGCUCUGGUACCAUAUACACUUAUGAGCAUCCUUAUAUCCGAACAUGGUGUUUGUUAUGGCCAAUCCAUGACUAGCACAGAAGUCCAGUAACAAACCACCACCCCGGUUCAGGUCAGGGGGGUCGUUCCUCCCAAUCACGCCCCUCCAAGUGUCUCCAUCAUUGACAAUGUGUGCGUUGAAGUCUCCCAGCAAGACUAAGGAGUUCCCUUCAGGAGCCCCAUACAGGACUCUUUUUAGGGUCUCCAAGAAGGCCGAAUGAGCCCCACCAGAUCCAACUGGUAACGCUCCACCUCCCACACAAGCUCAGGCUCCUUCCCCCCCAGAGAGGGGACGUUCCACGUCCCCAAAGCCAGCUUCUGCCGUCUGGGUCUGGUCCGUCGAGACCCUCAGUCUUCAAUGCCACCCUUCUGGCAGCGCACCCCACCCCAUCGCUGUUUCCCGUAGGUGGUGGGCCCGCGGGACAGGGAAGCGGAGGUGUUGCCCACGUUGCUUUUUCGGGCUGUGCCCGGCCAGGCUCCGUGGCAAGCCCGGCUACCAGACGCUCGCCAACGAGUCCUCCUUCUGGGCCUAGCUCCAGAAGAGGACCCCGCGCUUCUUCCAGGCCUGGUAUCCUGGCUUUCAUGUUUGUUUUUCAUGAGCUCUUUUGAACCAAUCUCAGUCUGGCCCCUUACCUGAAACCAAUUUGCCAUGGGGGACCCUACCAGGAACACAAGGUUCCAGAUAACACAGACCCCAGGUUCAUCGGGGCACACAAACCUCUCCACCACGAUAAGGUGCUGGUUCUUGGAUGGUUAAUUGACAUCUAGACCUACAAAAAUGAUGGGAAGCCAACCAGAAUGCCUUUACAGUAAAAGACAAAUGAAACUAUGCCCUGAGCAAUUGUAAAAUGAUGGCUUAAGGCAGCAUGCAGGAGUGCUAAUGGAUGAGGAACAUGCAUGAAGUUCAAGUUGCAGUAGAUCUACAUGAAGGCGCAAAUUAUUUCUUAUUUUAUUUCAUCAACGGAGGUUCUUUGUUCCCACUUGAAAACAAUAAGAUGGCAAUUGCAAAUGUAUGUUCACAUGCAGUUCAAAGAUUUUGUUAAUAUUAAGUUAUAUUAUGUAUUUAGAGAGAAUGGAUCAUCUGUAAUAUAAGUGACAAUCCAGAAGAAGGUUAGUUUAAGGCAAUCCUUUUUUGACUGAAGUGUUGGGUUUUUCCAUCCAGUGUUUAACAUAGAGUCCUUUCGAGUGAGUAUGAGUUGUUUAACAUUACACACUUAAGACACUUUUCCUUGAGCCAAAUACUGAAUCCCUUCCUGCUGUUCAGCUGAGCCUAAACUUUGACCUAUCAUUGGAGGAACCAAAAAAGAUAGCAUCAUGUAAGGAUAGAAAACAUAUUUCAAAAACAUCAAAGUGAAUCCAGAAUAACGUUUGCCUAAAUAUACUGUUGGGCAUUGAUUUGUGGAUUUCUCCUACCUGAUCCACUAUUGUAUUUAUGUAUUUAUCUUUUAGGUAUUGAUUGUGUUUAGUUUAAAGUUUCAGGGAGAUUUGCUGCGCUUAGGAGCUUAGGCCUUUCUGAUAUGUUGAGUGUUUAAUACAUUAUUGCUUGUUUGCAUUCAGCUGAAGAAUAAUGUGACAGCAUGUGUCGUGUGAUAUGAUUGUAUUUAAUUGUUUGUGUAAUAAAGCCAUAAAUAGAUAAGUCCCUGUGAUGGCUGUGACUACACAGUGUGUACAUAAAACAAACAUGGAUGCUAAGGUUCAGUUCAGCACAGUAUCUUCAGCUCCUCAAUGGUCUGCACAGCAUGUAUUAGUGGGAGCUUUAAUAACUGUCCUGUCAUCACUGCCCUCCCAUCGCAACUGCUACCAUUCUUUAUCUUGCUCAAGGCUCCUUCCUAUGACAUCCUCCCUUCAUGCCCACGCUCUUCUACUCUCUCCCUCACUCACCCACACCAGCUUCCUCAUGUUGUUUUUCCAACCUUGUUUUUCCAUUCACACAGUUUGAACUCUGGCUAAAAGGCGACUUAUUUUAUGUUGUCUUUUGGCCACAACAUUCAUGAUAGCAUUAUUGCUCAAACACUGUAACUGGUUAAUAAUUACCCUAGCAGCGUGCAGAAAGAACUGAAUGUCUGCAGUUAUGUUCAUCUCUUUCCUAACCUGUGUUACAGUUUAACUCUCUCUUUCUGAUUUAUUCUAAGGUUUACUUCCUGUUGUAUUCAUUUCACAUCCUUUCAGGUUAAAGUAGAAACAAUGCGUGAAGCAGUGCGAUACAUAUCCUUGAUUGAUUUCUCUCAGACAGGGUCCAUUUAAAUAAAAGAAUGUCAUGUACCACAAUAA